AUGGAAGUCCUCCGCUCGCCCCCCUCAACAUCAUCCUUCGUCCCUCUGGCGGAACACCAAGCGCACACCCCCGCGUCAUUCUAUUCCGGUCCGCCUGUCCUGCAUUAUGUGAGCGAGCGAUGCAAGGUCGUUAUUCUGGAGAGGGAUCUGCUCGCUGCGCCGGCCAUUAAUGCUAUGCGCGGUGAGGUUUUGCGCAACACUACCGCGACUGGCAACGAGAACGGAGUGAACGGCUCGGGUCAAGCUGCGGUGUCGCAGAAUGGAGAAGAGGAGGAAGGAAAGGAGAUCGUCAUUGAUGGUAUCGAUGUUUGGGUUACGUCUGAAAAAUUCCUCCUCUACAGGCCCUCCACCAGCACCGGCGUUGCGAUUCCCUACCCUUCUAUCUCCCUACACGCAAUCCAGCGCCUCCGCCUCCCUUCCUCCGACCCCUCGUCCGACCAGGUCCAGGGUCUAUACAUGCAGAUUGCGCACCCAUCUUCAGCCCCCACCGAGGAAGACGAAGAAGAAGAAAGUAUUAGCCUCACAGUCGUCCCACCUCCCGUGAGCGAAACGGCCGUAACGACUUCUGCGGAGACAUCCACCGUGACGGCCGCGGAACGCGCCAUCGAAGACAUCACCGAGAAGCCGGAGACUCCUACGCAGCUCCUCUUUGCUGCUGUAUCUGCGUGUUCGAAUUUACAUCCCGACCCAACCGCCGCAGGUGAAGAGGACGAGGAUGACGAAGGGGGCGCCCUACAGGGUUCCUCGCUUUAUCAGGCUGGGCUGAUCGCGCCGGGCAGCGGCGACGGUGGCCUUCCUCCUCCGGCGAAUGGAAGCUCAGGAUGGAUCACGGCGGAGAACAUGCAUGAAUAUUUUGACGAGGAGGGGAAUUGGAUCGGUGGAGGGGAGGAGCCCAACUUGUCGCUUGGUCCGGGAGCGGGAUCUGUUAGGACCAGAGAGGAGGAAACUGCAUCGGAUGGAAAUGAAGAGACAGGAAAUGGAGAGGAGACGAAGUGGAGGAGAACAGAUUAAUUUUGUUUUGUGUUCUAUGGGGUUACGGGAUAUGGAAAAGAAAGUACUUUUUUAAGAGGAAAUAAAGCUCUAAUGUGUGCCAUUACUAUGCAUUUAUUCCGAAGGAGAAACUGGUCUCAGAUAUCAUAAAAACCAAUCGCUAAUCGUGUCACCAACAAUGACUAUACCGGAUUAAAAUGGCCAAAAUAGGAUCUAAUCUUAUCGUCUCGUGC